GGGGACAGAGGAGAGAGAGAGAGAGAGAGGGACAUGGAGGGAGGGGCGAGGGAGAACGGAGGGGAAGCUGCGGCGGGGAGGUUGGCGGCGGUGACGGAGGAGGCGGAGGCGGAGGCGGUGGGGUCGAGCUUGACGAUGGAGCGGGUGGCUGCCGCCAAGAAGUUCAUCGAGAACCACUACAGGAACCAGACGAAGAACAUCAAGGAGCGGAAAGAACGACGUUGGUUCUUGGAGAGAAAAUUGGCUUCUUCAAAAGUUUCCAAGGAGGAGCAGAUCAAUAUGCUGAAGGAUCUUGAAAGAAAGGAGACAGAGUAUAUGAGGCUUAAAAGGCACAAAAUCUGCGUUGAUGAUUUUGAGCUGCUGACCAUAAUUGGGAGGGGAGCUUUUGGGGAGGUCAGACUCUGUCGGGAGAAGACCUCUGGCAAUAUUUAUGCCAUGAAAAAGCUGAAGAAAUCUGAAAUGGUUACCAGAGGUCAGGUGGAGCAUGUAAUAGCUGAGAGAAACUUGCUUGCUGAAGUUGCUAGCCAUUGCAUCGUUAAACUCUACUAUUCAUUUCAAGAUACUGAAGACCUUUACCUAAUUAUGGAAUAUCUUCCUGGAGGGGACAUGAUGACCCUGCUUAUCAGAGAAGAUACCUUGACUGAAACAGUGGCUAGAUUUUACAUUGCUCAGAGUGUGUCGGCCAUAGAGUCCAUUCAUAAACACAAUUAUAUUCACAGGGACAUAAAGCCUGACAACCUUCUGUUGGACAAAAAUGGUCACAUGAAGCUGUCAGACUUUGGCUUGUGUAAACCAAUUGAUUGUUUAAAGCUCUCGACAUUGAAUGAAGAUGAACUGCUGAGUGAUGAAAAUCUUAGGGAGUCGAUGGAUGUUGAUGGUUUUUCUUAUACAAAUAAUGAUAGCGGGUGGAAAAGCCCUCACGAACAACUGCAGCAUUGGCAGAUGAACAGGAGGAAGCUGGCAUUUUCCACAGUUGGAACACCUGACUAUAUUGCUCCAGAAGUAUUACUAAAGAAAGGAUAUGGGAUGGAGUGUGAUUGGUGGUCCCUCGGUGCGAUUAUGUAUGAGAUGCUUGUUGGCUAUCCACCAUUCUAUUCUGAUGACCCAAUAACUACAUGCCGUAAGAUUGUGCAUUGGAGAAACCAUUUAAUAUUUCCAGAAGAUGCAAGGUUGUCUCCCGAGGCAAAGGAUCUUAUAUGUAGAUUAUUAUGUGAUGUUGAGCACAGAAUUGGCAGUAGAGGAGCAGAUCAAUUAAAGGCUCAUCCCUGGUUUAAAGAUAUUAUUUGGGAUAAGCUUUAUGAAAUGGAGGCAGCAUUUAAACCCGAAGUUAAUGGCGAACUAGAUACACAGAAUUUCUUGAAGUUUGAUGAAUUGGAUCCGCCUACUCCAGCAAGAACUGGUUCCGGGCUUACAAGGAAGAAAUUGCUAAAUGCUCAAGAUUUGAGCUUUGUUGGAUAUACUUUCAAGAAUUUUGAUGCCGUCAAAGGGUUACAUCAACCUACUGAUAACUCAGUCAUGAAAAGUGAAAAGAGAUCAACUGAAGGGAAAUCUGAUGUGGACAUGGUUGCAUCGGGUGAUGCAGUGGCUCCAUAAUUCAUGUGUACUUAUUGAAGUGAUUUAUCUGGAUCAUAUCCUACCAGUGUGGCCAUUGGACUUACCUGCUUAUUUUUAGUCAGGUCUGCCUCUGGUCCUGAUAAGUUGCUAUCUACGUAACAUUUUGUAGAUCCAGACCUGAGAGUCUGAGCGCAUAUGUUGUGUCUGCCCAGGUUGACGAGCAUAGCAUUGCCUUCUCUUGUGGCAGUGCCCUUAUCUGGUUUUUCACUUUGAUGAGAGUGCUACGAGCAACAUGAAGUGAUAUGUUACUGCUGUUUGACGUGUGUCUUAAAAGCUGUAGUUUCAGUUGUGUUCUGUGGAACCAAUGUGUUUGCCUAUUUGAGACUAAUCGUGUUUGCCUAGUAAAUUAACAUGUUAAUGC